AUGAGUGCCAACGUACCACACAUUAUUGAGGUCGCCGCUGGCACCCAAAAUCCGCAAAGACACAGCAUUGACUCAAAGACACCGUCUUUAGAUAUAUCUUCACCCAAAGAAGAAUUCAGCGACCUUGUCGAACCUCAGGAUACUACCAAGCCUGUCGGCUUUUGGGAAGCACUUACACGACGCAACGCCCCUAAAGACCUUGACUCUAUUGCCACGGAGCGGAGUGUUUUCGACGACCCCAAUCUCGCACCAUUUUAUCACCCACCCGCAGAAUAUGAAAACGUACAUCGCUUCGACCCCCAAGAAAGAUGGACCUAUCGCGAGGAGCAGCGCGUCCGCCGUAAGACAGACUUGAAGAUCUUUGCAUGGAUCCUGGUCAUGUUCUUCGGCCUGAACAUUGACAGAGGCAACCUCGGCAACGCCGCAGCUGAUAAUCUGCUAAAAGAUUUGAAGAUCAACACAAAUGAUUACAACAACGCACAGAACAUGUACCGUAUUGGUUUCCUCAUUGCCGAGAUUCCCUCACAGAUGAUUGGCAAACGACUAGGCCCCGAUCGAUGGAUCCCUGUCCAGAUCAUUCUUUGGAGUUUGGCAUCAGGCGGUCAAUUCUUUAUGCACAAUAGAGCUGGUUUCUUCGCCUGUCGGUUCUUCAUUGGGCUUUUUAUGGGUGGUUUUAUUCCUGAUUCCAUCUUGUAUCUGUCUUACUUUUACAAAAAGACAGAAAUGCCAAUCCGCCUGGCCCUGUUUUGGUUUGUGGAUUCAAUGUCGGGUGUGAUUGCAUCCUUCAUGGCAUAUGGUAUCCUACAUAUGCGUGGGGUUGCCGGGAAAGAGGGUUGGAGAUGGCUGUUUUUGAUCGAGGCCCUGAUUAGUUUGGUAAUCGGUGCGCUCAGUUUCCUCUUACUCAUUCCCGGUCCUACACAGACCAAAACAUGGUGGAAUCCUCAAGGCUACUUUACCGAACGCGAGGAGAAAAUAAUUGUCAAUAGGGUCCUCCGUGAUGACCCUUCAAAGAGUGACAUGCACAACCGCGAGUCGCUUUCGAUCGGCAUGCUUUGGAAGAGUCUCAAGGACUAUGACUUGUGGCCUGUCUACCUUAUCGGCAUCCUCUUCGAGAUCCCAACCGCGCCGCCCAAGACAUAUCUUACCUUGUCACUAAAAGCUCUGGGCUUCAGCACAUUUAAUGUCACGCUACUCACCAUUCCCGUUACGGUCUUUGCGGCUGUCAACAUGCUUUGGGUCACCUUUCUCACCGAGCGGUUCCACCAGAUCGCCAUCAUCGGUCUCCUUUCCCAAAUAUGGGUACUGCCGCUGCUUAUUGUCGAGUACACUUCGAUCGAAGAUUUGUCCCCGUGGACACAGUAUGCUGUGGCCUUCCUUAUUCUUGGUCAGCCAUCGACACACGCGGCCCAUGUCGGCUGGUGUUCUCGUCUUUCCAACGCCGUGAGAACCCGAGCCAUCAGCGCCGCGUUGUACAACAUCACCAUUCAGCUGUCCGGCAUUGCCUCGUCCAACAUCUAUCGUGAGGAUGACAAGCCUCAUUAUCGCCGCGGCAACAAGAAUCUCAUUGCAAUCUCAGUCGCCACGAUCUUUGCUUAUGCGUUUGCCAAGGUGUACUACACACUUCGCAACAAGUCCAAGCGGAAUAGGUGGAACGCUAUGACCAACAGGGAGCAGGCAGCCUAUUUGAACAGCACUACUGAUGAGGGCAACAAGCGACUUGAUUUCUUCUUUGAUAGCUAG